CAGCGGAGGACAGGAGAAGGAGAGGAGGACGAGGAGGAGCAGGAGCGUGAGGAGGCUGUUCCUGCAGCCAUGUCAGACACACCUUUGCAGAGAAACGGCACGGCAACAGCACCGAUGUCGUGUGAGGAGGCUCAGCUCCACAAAGAGAGGCUGCAGGCCUUGGCGGAGAAACGAAAACGUCAAACUGAGAUUGAAGAUAAAAGACACCAGCUGGAUGACCUGGUGCUCCAACUGCAGCAUCUCAAGUCCAAAGCCAUGCGAGAGCGAUGGCUCCUCCAGGGGACGGGAGUGGAGGAAGAAGAGGCACGGCGGAAACAGCUGGAACAGGAUGAAGAACAGGGGAAGAGGCUGGAGGACAUAAUACACAGGCUGGAGUCUGAGAUCGGGACCCUGGAGAGUGAAGAGUCUCAGAUAUCAGCCAAAGAGCAGGUUCUACGAGAACGUCUGAAGGAGACGGAGCGCUCCAUAGAAGACCUGCAGAAGAGUCUGAUGAACCAGGAUGGAGAUGCCUCCGGCUGCAUGUCGGCCCCUCUCUCCGACCGCACGGACCCCGACCGCCUCGUCCUGGCCUCGCCGCCCGGGACCGGAGAGCACGCCACCCCAAGACCCGCAAUGUUUGCCAUGGAGAUCAACGUGCAGCACGACCCUCAGACCGGCGAGCAGCGCGUCCUGUCGGCGACCCGCGUCAGCCCGCUGGACGCGGCGUCGCGCGGCGUCAAAGUCUACGACGACGGGCGGAAAGUGGUCUAUGAGGUCACUUCCUGUGGGGGCGUGUCCACCAGCACCAUGGAGAACGGCUGGAGCUCCGCGCAGGUCGACCAGCUGAUCCAACGGGCCGCCAGACCCGCCGGACCCGGAGGAGACGGCAGCCGGGCUCAGGUUACGGUAACCCCGGCAACCCCACCAACCCCGGCAACCCGGGCAACCUCGGCAACCCCGCAGGCGUACGUCUCCCCUGCAGAUAUCGACGAUCUGUCUCCGCCCUCUUGCGCCCCGCCAUCCAUUCCUUCGAGCCCGCCGGCCCAGGUGACCCUCCAGAGGGAGCCCCGCCUCGGCAUGAUGCCCCCCGCCGCCGCUCCCAUCACCACCCAGCCUGGCUCCGCCUCCUCCGCCUCCUCCUCCUCCGCCCCCCACCCACCAGGCGGCGGCGGCGAGCUCAGCUUCCCGCCGCACGCCAGCACGGAGCACCCGAUCACCAUGGUGUUCCUGGGCUACCAGGACGUAGAGGACACGAGCGAGAGCAGGCGGCUGCUGGGCUUCGACGGCGCCGUGAAGGCGGAGGUGGUCCUGAUCGACGAAGACGACGAGAAGUCGCUGCGGGAGAAGACGGUCACCGACCUGUCCAUCAUAGACGGCACGGCGGCCGACCUGGUGUCGGGCCGGCCCGCCACGUCCGAAGCCGCCAGCACGGAACUGUCGUCCGACGGCCGUGAGCCCGACAGCGCCUCCUCGCCCCCCGCCAACCCCGACGCCACCACGGCGGCCCCCGCGCCGCCGCCCGGCCUCACCCCCGCCACAGGCUAUGGGGUUACCAUGACGACAGCAAAUGGACAUCAAGCUCCCGUUCCGACCAGACAUCCUCACACUGCCAUGAAGUCGUGGCGAGCAGCCGAUGAUGUCAGUGAGUCGUCUCGGGGAGAGCGAGCCCUGAAGAGCGUCAGUUUCCAGGAGUCGGUCAGCGUUAUCACGGAGCGGCCCGUAACCAUGGAGCUGGAGAGCCAGCAGAUCCAACAUGGCCGCCUCAGCAGCUCUCUCAACAAUACAGCUGGUGUCAAAGUAGAAACUCCUGACAGCGACGUGGUGCAGGAGAUCCGUUACCUGGACCAGGUUUUGGAUGCGGCCUCAGAAACCCCCUCCAACGGGACGUCUUCUCCCUCAGAACACAUGAAGUCCAUCAGCAUCGACGGGACCUCUCCGUCCGUCUGCGUGUCGGCCCCGCCCCCUGUCACCCAGCAGCCUGUGGUGGUGGAGGGGCCCAGACAGACCACCUUCCUCCACCAGGAGGACUCCUCCGCCGUGAGGACCAACGGACACGUGGAGGAGACCAGCAGCAGGGCCAAGUUUGAGCUGAGAGCGUUUCAGGAGGAGAGACGACCCGCCAAGCUGUUCACCCCCGGAGAGGAGCAGCAGGUCAGGGUGACCAAGAGGAGGCCCUCCGGGGAGGUUCAGGAACUGGAGCGUGAGCGUCAGGAGCUGAUCAAAGAUCAGGCCGUGAAGAAAAACCCAGUGGGAGCCCAGCGCUGGUGGAACCCUCCUCAGGAGGUUCCUUUGGAGCAACAGCUGGAUGCAGAACAGCUGGAGUCUCUCAAAAAAUACCAGGAGAGGAAACAGCAGAAACAGGGUCACACAUACGCAUAUACACAGCCCCAGGUGUCAGGCCCUCCCACCAUGGUGACCUUUGACCCCGAUCUAAACAGGAAGGACGACAUCGUGGAGGAGCAGAUCGACUUCUCGUCUGCCAGGAAGCAGUUCCUGCUGGGAGACGGGCCCAAGAGGGACGUGGCUCCUCAAAUCUACUCGGCCAAACCCUUUUCCAAAUCCACCACAACCAGCAGCAGCAGGAUCAGUGACAUCAUCACAGACGCCGGGGAGAGUCACGUGACCUGGUCCGACGAAGGAAUCGCGGCCGAAUUCACCUGUGCACGAGCCGUAAUGACAAUCCUGCCUGACGAGGAGGAAGCGAAGAGCCAUUUCCACCCCGAGGAGUCUGACUCGGGACUGGACGAGUUAUCUGUGCGUUCUCAGGACACCACCGUGUUUAGCUUGGACAACGUGUCCGACAGCGGCGCUUCGCUACCGCCCACUCCACUUCCACUGACCCCGGUGUCGCCUCCGACCCCGCAGCCCACCACGCCAGUCAACGGGCAAACCGGGGGAAGUCCAACAGAAGACGAGCUGGAGUUCCACGCGGGGGUUCUCGUCCAGAACGCCAUCCAAAACGCCCUCGCGGCUCAAGACGGAGACGAGUGGCAAACAUCCGACUUGAAUUCUUCGUCACAACUGAGCGCGCCCAUGUCUCCAUCUUCUACUUCGACAAGCAGCCCGGUGCCAGUUUCUUCCUCUCCCGUGUCUUCAGGUGGAGCUCCUAGUCUCCAGUCACCUGUGUCCUCCAGUCCUGCUCCAUCCAACCUGUCAGAGCCAGACAGACAUCCAGAAGUAAGAGUCGUUUUCGAGGAGAAACCUUCAGAAUCGCAGCAGCAGCAGCAGCCAUUUUCCAGUCCAGAUCAGCGAACGCAGCUCCAGACGCCUUCUCCGCCUCCUUCUCAGCCCAUCUCGCCGCCACAGAGGCCCAAAAACGGAGGCCCCAGGAUUAAAAUCCAGUCCUCUUAUGCCAGAGCUCUCGCCUCCUCGACCCCGGCUGUGACUCCUGCCUCCGGCUGUGCAGCAACACCUCCAGUUCCCAGGCCGACCCCGGUCUACCGCCCCCCGUCUCCCCCGAGCCCGGAGAAACAAGAGUUCAGCUACUUCAGUAAAUACUCCGAGGCGGCCGAGCUGCGCAGCACGGCGGCGGCGGCUCGGGGCCCGGAGGCGGAGUCGGCGGCCAGCGGCCCGUUUCGUCUCCGCUCCAAGAAGCAGCGGACUCUGUCCAUGAUCGAGGAGGAGAUCCGAGCAGCGCAGCAGAGGGAGGAGGAGCUGAAGAAACAGAGGGAGGUGCAGCCCGUUGUCGUCGUCCGACCCAGCAACUUUUCCAGCAACAGUCUCGGCCCGCCGAGGUCGGGGAUGCGGCAAUCCAAGAUCUCCCCGACAGAUAAGAUGAAGAGCAACAGCCUGCCAGCAAGACUCACACUGACUGCAAAGACAGCACCAGGAAAGAUCGAGAAGGUCCGCCCUGCGCCGCCCGUCUCGCCGUCGCCCUCAGAAGGAGCUCUGUCCGACGCCGGCAGCGAGGACUCUGGAGGACGACCCAAAAACUUCAUGCAGACGCUCAUGGAAGACUAUGAAACACACAAAGUGAAGAGGAGGGAGAAACUGGAGGACAACAGUUAUGCCCGUUUGUUGCUGGCUAACGAGGUAACCAACGAGGUUCUGGAGGCCACUCGCGUCACCAGGAGGAAAAGCGACAUGGCACGUAAAUGGGAAGCCGGUAUCUAUGCCAACGAGGAUGGAGAGGAAGAAGAAGAAGAAGAAGAGGAGGAGGAAGAAGAAGAAGAGGAGGAGGAGGAGGAGUAGAAAGCUCCUUCCAGAGACAGUUAAGGAACCGAGUGCAAAGGAAGAGGUAGAGACUGAAGGAAAAAUGCAGCGAGGGUAAAGAAAGGAAACAGUAUUUAUUUCACUAAUAGUAUUCUGAUGAUCACAUGACCCACUGGCUCGACCAAUGGGGCUCCUCGAAGAGAUGAGUGGGUUUUGGACCUGAGGAUUGAAGGCCAACAGUAUGUUAAGUGACUGAGUAUGUGAGAGACAUUUGAAGUGUUUGGAGAGUUUGGAGAGAAGAAGAGACACUUUGAAAGGGUUUCAUGGUGGUUUAAGAGCGCUUGUCAGAAGUGUAUUUUGGGAAAUUAAAGGUUUUUAAUAGUUGGUAGACGCUGAAUGACUUAAAUAUUCAUAGGAUUUUUCAUUUGCCUGUACUUUUUUUUUGUAUUGAAAUAUGGGCUGAGAUCUGAAGAUUUUAUUUUGACAGGUUGCCUGAGACUUGUUGGCACUGGGUGCUUUAUGAUAAUAACCCAUAACAAUCAGCUUCGAAAUGUGUGGAAAGGUUUUAUUAUAAUGGGGAAUGCAAAUGACAAGCAGGUGUGACUAUGCAGAGUGACUAUAAAGAAUGUUAUCCAAGAAAAAGAGAAAAAAACGAGGCCUAAAUUCUGUCGUUUCAGAAUCAUUUUUACCUGGAUUUGAUGCUGCUUGCAGGAAAAGCCGCCAUGUUUUUCUCGGCGCUGCACCAAAUGGAACCCGAAGCGUCACUUUCAGAGCCCGUAAAGUUUUAUCUCCUGCAUCCUGCAGUGCCACAGUACACCACAGUACAGAUACAUGUUGAUCGGAGCUUUUUGCAAUCCUUUAAAAGCUUAAAAUCUGUAUUAAAUAAGUGCCGACUUGAGGGUCCUUGAGCUGUUAAAUGCUAGCGGGGAAAUUUAAAAAAAUAGCAUCAAUGUUCAACUUUGCCUUAGACCGUCAGUAAUUGUUGGAUGCACGAUAUGUAUGAUGUAUUUUAUCUCCUAUUCUGUAUUACUGCAGUUUCAGUAGACCUUAGGGAAAAUACGCAACCACAUUAGAUAGAAAUCUGUCUAUAAAACGCUUCUCUUCAGUGACUUUAUGAGGGAAGCUAACCGCGCCCACAUGUGUGUGUGUGUGUGUGUGUGUAUUAAUUAAAGGGCUGGGUCAGGGGUUUUAUAUCCUAAAAUUUAUUUACUUGCUGGCUACGUCGCUUUGUUGACCCGUGCUUUCUGAUGUAAGCAGUUGUUUCAUGUAUUAUACUGAGGUAGGACUGUGUAUUUGAUAUAUGAACAUGUUUGUUCGGGGCCGUGUAUCUACUUUCCCUUGCUAGCUGAGGAUAAAGUUUGAUGACAAAAAUACAGAGAAAAAAAAGCGUUUUAUAAAAAAUAGGGCCGGGACUCGAUUAAAAAAAGUAAUCUAAUUAGUUAGAGGCUUUGUAAUGAAUUAAUCGAAAUUAAUCGCAUUUUAAUCGCAUAUAAAUAUUUGACCUGAGGAACAGUGAGAAGUAUUUUUUUUCACAUGGAUUUUUAGUAUACCAUUGAAUAAUGACUGAAUACAUAAGCUUAAGCAACAAAAAAAAUUGUUUAUUUUUGUUCAAGUCCAACAGACCAGUGCAAUUUUUGCGAUUAAGUGUAGCAAUAGCAUAUUUAGAAAUAUAGUAGGUAGUAGGUAGACCUUCUGUAAACUAGAAUACUUUGGUUUUUUAAGUAAAACACAAUCCAUGCUAGCUACCACACUAGCCGCUAGCUGCACGCUAGCUAGCACACUAACCGCUAGCGGCUAUAUGUUUAGCAUUGAGGUGAUACUUGAGGCUGGAUGUGCUGCGGUGAUAUGUGAAUUCCUUGUUGCCUAGCAACACAACCAUGCUCUUAUCGACGCUUCCAUCCGUUGGUUUUUAGUAACUAAAUGUCCCAUCAUCCACGGGGCCAACCAAAGGUCUCAUCAGCUUCUUCCUUCAUGUUCACUGUGGUUUGUUGUUGUCUCAACUCAUCAACGCUAGUUGGUGCUCCAGUAUAAUCGGUCCGCCUGAAACUCAUCCAGUGAGAAACGUUCGGAAAAUAAGUGCGAUUAAAAUGCGUAAUUUUUUUUUUACGCGUUAUUUUUUGUGUGAUUAAUUCAUCUUAAUUAACGCGUUAAAGUCCCGGCCCUAAUAAAAAUAAAAAAAAGUUGUUAUACCAAAACAGAAUGUUGUUAUUUAGAGAGUUUCUUUCUAUUUAAGAAUCACUGAUUGUGUGCAUGAAGUGACACUCCUUCCUUUCCGAACCUGAAACAAGCACACGACAAGCAGCAAAAAGAAGGCAAUCGACUAUCAGUAACAAGGCCGCAACUACGGGCUGAACUUCAUUUUCUAUGUUGAUAACAGGGAGAAAUUCGUUUACUAGAUAUUUUGUGAUUUCCUGUUUCUGUGGGAUGAUGAAUGAAGAAAUACAGGCCUCUUUUUGUGGUGAUACUGUGGAUUGUCCAGGUGUAGAAAGCAAGGUUUAUAAAAACAUUAAACAAGGAAUAAUCCUAAUCAAUUGGGAACAUAUUAUGCUAAUUUUCAGGUUCAUAUUGGUAUUUUGGUUUCCUACACUGUAAAAAUGUCCCGUUGUUUUUACAGAGAAAAAACUGGCAGCUGUGGUUACCAGAAUAUUUCCGUAAAAAAUACAGUACAUAUGUCAACAUCUUUACAGAACAACUUGUAAACUUUACAUCCUAAAACUGUAGUAAUUUAAAAAAAAAUACAUUUUAAAGUUGUAGAUUAUACCGUCCUUUACUGCUAAUUUAACAAGAUGAUGCUGCUUUUAUACUAAUUAUUUAUGCAAAAUUUACAUGCAGAUUUUGCUUAUUGUGCAUUGAAUACCAGUAAAUUAACAUUCAGUUAUUAUUUAUUGUACACUGAAUACCAGUAACAUUUACAAGUUGUUCUGUAAAGUUGUUUACAUUUGUACUGUAUUUUUUGCAGAAUUAUUCUGGUAACCACAGCUGACAGUUUUUUUCUGUAAAAACAACAGAAUUUUUUUUUACAGUGUACUAGAACAUGCUUACAGUCAUGGAAAAAAUUAUUAGACCACCCUUUUUUCAAUUUGUUGGUCAUUUUAAUGCCUGGUACAACUUAAGGUAGGUGGAACUACAUAGGGAGAAGGGAUAUGCUCUGUUUUUGAUUCGUUUAGCUGGAGAAAGUUGUUGGACAUUCAUAAUUUUAUAUCAGUCAGGCAUGAGAGAAUAUGGGAAAUAUCUGAAGAACCAGUUUUCAACAGUAUAUAUAUAACUGGGUGUCAUCUGCAUAUAGAUGAAAAUUAAUUUUCAUCUAUAUGCAGAUGAUACCCAGUUAUAUAUACACCGUUGAAACCUGGUAUAUACAACUGGGUGUCAUCUGCAUAUAGAUGAAAAUUAAUUUUCAUCUAUAUGCAGAUGACACCAUGGUUUUCUUGAUAAUAACCAAAAUCGUUAUCAAUAAAACCAUGUUAAAUGUCUAAAUAUCAACUCUUACAUUCAACUCGUAUCAGCUAUUUUUGUUGUCAUUAUUAUAUUUGUCCAAACAAAUGUACUUUUAGUUGUACCAGGCAUUAAAAUGAACAAGAAAUUGAAGAAAACAAGGGUGGUCGUAUCAUUUUUUCCAAUGGAAAAAGAGUGUUCAGAACAGUCAAAAACCUGAGAAAAGCAUAAUAAGUCCCCUUUAAAUAAGAAUUUCAAGUAAAAGUGUGUCAAUGUGACGGUAGAAACAGUAUUUUUAAACCACUUUAACUGAAAAGUAGCACAAGGAUUCUACUUUUCGGCCUUUGUUAGCUUUGUUUAUGGACGCCUUUGAGAUUGUUUUCAGCAUUUGGUAUAUCAGGAGGAUCUGCCAGCAUGUCCUGUCCAAGUGUCCUUCAGCCAGGCACUGACCGUUCUGUUUGCUCACUGAAAAUCAAUAGAAUUAAAACUGAGGUAAACUUGCACAAAAGAUUUAAAAAAAGAAUUGUGGGACAUGUACUAACCCUUGAUAAUAAUAAUCAUAUUUAUUGGGACAGUCCCAUCCUGAGUGCAAAUUAUCUGACUCUAUUUAAUUAUCUAUUUUAAUAUGUUCUCUAAGGGAAAUGUAGUGCCAGCAAAGCAGAAGUAAAAACCACGGCCUCGUGUCUGUGAGCCCGGUUCCCCCUGAAAUGCUUCUUGUUUUUCUACACGUGUGAUAAUAUAUAAAAGUGUUUAAAGGACUAGUGUGCCUCUUUAUCAGAUGUAUUAUGGAGGUACAUUGUCACUGAUGCUGAGAUGACAUUUAUUUUGCCACAAGGGACAAACAAAAUGGUAUUUUGAUGCAUUUCCAUGUGAAAGAUAUUAAAGGAGCUAGGGCUGCACGAUUAUAGCCAAAAAUGAUAAUCACGAUUAUUUUGAUCAAUAUUGUAAUCACGAUUAUUCAUCAUGUUAGGGAAAACAUCUGUAUUUUUAUUGCACUACUUUUAAACAAACAAUAGGAACAGUUUUAGGAACACCUCCUGCAGCAGCAGCACAUACACACUGUACUGCUACAGAGCUAACUCUUAGCCUGUUAGCAAUUUGCAGACUGGACGCUAAGGGAUUAGCAUCCCCUCUGGCUCUGCACCUGGGAGAGACUGCUGCAGGAGGACUGUGCCGCUUCCACUCGUUCUUACUCUUCUUAAUGAACCACGGGGGCCAGCGGCUCGUUAAGAAGAGCCACCGGCCCCGAGGGUUGUUAAGAAGAGCAGUUGGCCCCUCGGCUUGUUAAGAAGAGCCGCUGGCCCCCGCGCUUCGUUAAAGAGAGCCUCCCGCCCAACGGCUCGUUAAGAAGAACCUCCGACCCUGCGGCUCGUUAAGAAGAACCUCCAACCCUGCGGCUCGUUAAGAAGAACCUCCAACCCUGCGGCUUGUUGCAGGAGAGCCUGCAUUUUAAAAUGGAAAUAUCGCAGACGAUCGGGUUUAUUUAAUCGUGGCGGUCAAAAUCGUGAUCACGAUUAAAAUUCGAUUAAUCGUGCAGCCCUAUUUUGAUGCAUUUCCAUGUGAAAGAUAUUAAAGGAGCAUUUACAGACAUUUUCAGGAUGAUUUUCAGAUGCAGAUCCUUUGUGAUGGAUGAUUAUUUUACAGUGGCCUGUUGUGUAUCUAAGCUUUAUUCACAGCACAAUUUGAGUUUUAAGCAACAAAAGCAAAUAGCUUCAUCCCUAGAUUACUGCUGCUGCAACAAACUGUUAAAGUGUUUUAUUCUACACACUAUUUCACUUUCUUCAUUUCACCUCCGAAGUACACAAUCAAGCCCCUAAAAUCAUUAUGAGUUCUCGUUUAAAAUACACUAUAACGCUUUUGAAAUGCACACGCAGAGGAGGAGUUACAAUUGUGUGAUUUAUUAUUAUUAUUAUUAUGCUUUUGUUGUUUGAAUUCAUGGUGCAGAGAUGAUGUAUUUAUCAUUUUAAAUGCUGGUAGCUUGUUUUGCAGAAGCGCCGAGGCAUCAGUGUGGGACUCCCACUGUCUGUGUGUGCGAUAAAGCAAUCCUAUUAUACAGUAAACAGUAUAACCUCUGUUCCUAUGUUAACCACUUGUAUGCUCAUACUCUGCUUUGUUAUUUUAUAGCACAUGUAAGGCUCACAGUUAUACACCUACUAUACAUAUUAUGAUUAUUUUCUCAUUAAAAACAAAACUGUACA